CGCUAACGGCAGGAAGGCCGGGCAGGUGUCGACUGGCGAGCGAGACGCCGGGGAGGCGGCGCUGCGCAGGGGAAAAAACAAGAGGAGAGCACGCGCACAGGACAGGAGGAGGCCAGCAGAGUGAGGCAGCGGGAGAACUGAGAAGACAAGCCGGUGUAGAGCCUCUAGAGGCGAAAGAAGAUUGAGCCGCCGCAGCAGCAGCCAGGCAUCUCAACGGAGACGGCCAGCGGAGGAGGCCGGUACUCGCCGCCGGUCGAUUGAGCAGCUGCCUGAGAGAUGAGCCGCCUCCGCAACCGCCGCCCGCCCGCCGGGUCGGCGGCGGCGUCGGCGGAGCAGCCGCCCGUGCAGGCGUCCUACAACAUCGUCCCGAUCCAGGACGUGGUGAUGCACGGGCAGCACCCGUCGCUGCGGUUCCCGGAGGUGCGCGCGGCGGUGGCGGCGCUCGUGCACGUGGCCGACCUCCCGCCGCCGGCGCUCGCCCGCGGCUGGGACUCCCACCGCGCCGACCUCUUCGACUGGCUCGGCCUCACCUUCGGCUUCCAGCGCCACAACGUCACCAACCAGCGGGAGCACCUCGUCCUCCUCCUCGCCAACGCGCAGCUCCGCGCCGCCGGCACCCUCGCCCUGCCCCGGGACCACCCGCCGGACGUCCUCCACUUCUCCAUCGCCCAGGACAUCCGCAAGAAGCUGCUCAAGAACUACGACGCCUGGUGCGCCUACCUCGGCCAGAGGCCGCACGUCCACGUGCCCCGCCGGAACGCCGGCGUCGACGUCCGCAGGGAGCUCCUCUACACCGCGCUCUACCUGCUCAUCUGGGGGGAGGCCGCCAACCUGAGGUUCAUGCCGGAGUGCCUCUGCUACAUCUUCCACUACAUGGCGCUCGACCUCAACCACGUCAUCGACCGCUCGGUUGACAUCGAGACCGGCCGGCCUGCAAUCCCCGCCGUGUGCGGCGAGGACGCUUUCCUCAUCCGCGUCGUCACGCCCAUCUACACCGUGCUCGCGGCCGAGGUCAAGGCCAGCCACAACGGGACCAAGCCCCACUCCGCCUGGAGGAACUACGAUGAUGUCAAUGAGUACUUCUGGAGCCGCCGGGUUUUCAAGCGCCUCCAGUGGCCGCUGGACACAUCGAGGGGCUUCUUUGUGCCGCCGGGCAAGUUUGGCCGCAUUGGCAAGACUGGUUUUGUGGAGCAGCGGUCAUUCUGGAAUAUCUACCGCAGCUUCGAUCGGCUGUGGGUGAUGCUUAUACUCUUCUUUCAGGCUGCCAUGAUCAUUGCAUGGGAUGGUCGCGCUUAUCCGUGGCAGAGCCUCAGGUUCCGGGACAUCCAGGUCCGUGUGCUGUCGGUGUUCAUCACUUGGGCUGGGCUGCGGUUUAUGCAGGCGUUGCUUGACGCGGGUACUCAGUACAGUCUCGUGUCCAGGGAGACUAAACGGAUCGCUGUCCGGAUGGUGCUCAAGGCGUUUGUUGCUGCAGGGUGGACCAUCACAUUCAGUGUGCUUUAUGUGCGGAUGUGGGAUCAGCGGUGGCGAGAUCGCAGGUGGUCCUUUGCUGCCAAUACCAGGGUGUUGAAUUUCCUUGAGGCAGCUGCUGUGUUCAUCAUCCCACAGGUGCUCGCGCUCGCCUUGUUCAUCCUUCCCUGGAUUCGGAAUUUUACGGAGAAAACCAAUUGGCGGAUUCUGUAUGUGCUCACCUGGUGGUUCCAGACCCGCACAUUCGUCGGCCGUGGUCUGCGCGAGGGGCUUAUAGACAACAUCAAGUAUUCCUCCUUCUGGAUCCUCCUUCUUGCUGCCAAGUUUAGCUUCAGCUACUUCCUCCAGAUCAAACCGAUGGUGGCGCCAACAAAGACAAUAUUCACCCUCCAUGACAUCCGGCGUAACUGGUUUGAGUUCAUGCCUCACACAGAGCGGCUCGCUGUAAUCAUCCUGUGGGUCCCAGUUGUCCUCAUCUACCUCAUGGAUAUCCAGAUAUGGUAUGCAGUCUUCUCAUCGCUUUAUGGGGCACUUAUCGGGCUUUUCUCGCAUCUGGGGGAGAUUCGCAGUGUUGGGCAGCUGCGGUUGAGGUUCCAGUUUUUUGCGAGCGCAAUGCAGUUCAAUUUGAUGCCAGAGGAGCGCCUGGAUAGGGUUCAUGGUGGCAUCCGCAUCAAACUCUAUGAUGCAAUUCACCGUCUGAAGCUGAGGUAUGGUUUUGGCCGCCCGUACAGGAAAAUCGAAGCAAAUCAGGUGGAAGCUAAGAGGUUUGCACUGAUCUGGAAUGAGAUCAUUCAGACUUUUAGGGAAGAGGACAUCGUUAGUGACAAGGAAGUUGAGCUUCUUGAGCUUCCACCAGUUGUAUGGAAAAUUCGUGUGGUACGGUGGCCAUGCUUGCUGCUGAACAAUGAGCUGCUUCUUGCUCUCGGUCAAGCAAAAGAGCUGGUGGCUGAUGACAAGACACACUGGAGCAGGAUAAGUAGCAUUGAAUACAGGCGAUGUGCUGUGAUCGAAGCUUAUGACAGCAUACGCCAGUUGCUGCUGGAGAUCAUUGAGGAGAGGAGUGUUGAGCACAUUAUUAUCAAUCAGCUGUUCCUUGCAUUCGAUAAUGCUAUGGUAGAUGGGAAAUUCUCUGAAGAGUACAGACUGAACUUGCUUCCUAAAAUCCAUUCAUCUGUAAUCACCUUAGUCGAACUGCUACUGAAGGCAGACAAGGAUCAGACCAAGAUAGUCAACACCUUGCAGACCCUCUAUGUCCUCGCGGUUCAUGACUUUCCUCAAAACAGGAAAGACAUAGAACAGCUGAGGAGAGAGGGGCUUGCACCGUCAAGGCCGACUGAAUCCGGGUUGCUCUUUGAGGAUGCCAUAACAUGCCCUGGUGAGAAUGAUCUUAGCUUCUACAAACAGGUGAGGCGCCUGCAUACAAUUCUCACAUCCAGGGAUUCCAUGAAUGAUAUCCCAAGGAAUCCCGAGGCUCGGCGGCGUAUAUCUUUCUUCAGCAACUCCCUCUUUAUGAACAUGCCUCGUGCUCCCACAGUCGAGAAGAUGUUGGCAUUCAGCGUUUUGACCCCGUAUUACAACGAAGAUGUCCUGUAUAACAAGGACCAGCUUCGUCGUGAGAAUGAAGAUGGCAUUUCAAUCUUGUAUUAUCUUCAGAAGAUCUAUGAAGAUGAUUGGGGAAACUUUUUAGAACGCAUGAGGAGGGAGGGAAUGGUUAAGGACGAAGAUAUUUGGGCUGGAAAAUUUCAGGAGCUCCGACUUUGGGCCUCAUAUAGGGGCCAGACCUUAGCAAGGACUGUUAGGGGAAUGAUGUACUACUACAGGGCUCUGAAGAUGCUUGCUUUUCUCGAUACUGCGUCUGAGAUAGACAUUACUGAAGGUACAAAACGGCUGGCUACCUUUGGCUCAGUUAGGCAUGAAAAUGAUGUGUAUCCAAUGAAUAAUGGUCUCCAACAAAGACCUCAAAGGAGGUUAAGCAGAGGAGCCAGUACUGUGAGUCAAUUGUUUAAAGGUAUGGAAGAUGGUGCUGCUCUCAUGAAGUACACCUAUGUGGUCGCUUGUCAGAUAUAUGGAAACCAGAAAAAGGGGAAAGAUCAACGUGCCGAAGAUAUCCUGGCUCUUAUGAAGAAAAAUGAGGCCCUCCGUGUUGCCUAUGUUGAUGAGGUCCGUCCUGAGAUGGGUGAUAUGCAAUACUAUUCUGUGCUUGUAAAAUUUGACCAGGCCUUGCAGAAAGAGGUUGAGAUAUACCGGAUUAGGUUGCCAGGCCCGCUGAAACUUGGAGAGGGUAAACCUGAGAACCAGAACCAUGCCAUCAUAUUCACAAGAGGUGAUGCUGUACAAACAAUCGACAUGAACCAGGAUAAUUAUUUUGAGGAGGCUCUCAAGAUGCGCAAUCUGUUAGAACAGUACAGCUAUAAUCAUGGAAGCCAAAAGCCCACGCUGUUGGGAGUUCGAGAACAUGUUUUCACUGGAUCUGUCUCUUCACUUGCUUGGUUCAUGUCUGCACAGGAGACAAGCUUUGUUACCCUUGGGCAGCGGGUUCUAGCUAAUCCACUGAAGGUUCGGAUGCAUUAUGGGCAUCCAGAUGUAUUUGAUCGCCUUUGGUUUUUGACCCGAGGUGGUUUAAGUAAGGCAUCCAGAGUAAUCAAUAUCAGCGAGGACAUAUUUGCGGGUUUCAACUGUACCCUACGUGGUGGCAAUGUUAGCCACCAUGAGUACAUCCAGGUUGGCAAGGGCCGUGAUGUUGGGCUUAAUCAAAUAUCGAUGUUUGAAGCUAAGGUUUCCAGUGGUAAUGGUGAACAGACCUUGAGUAGGGAUAUCUACAGGCUUGGUCAUAGAGUGGAUUUCUUUCGGAUGCUUUCAGUGUUUUAUACAACAAUAGGGUUCUACUUCAACACCAUGCUGGUGGUCUUGACAGUUUACACAUUUACCUGGGGACGCCUGUAUCUAGCUCUGAGUGGUCUGGAGGCUGGAAUUCAGGGCAGUGCUAAUGCUACUAAUAAUAAAGCCUUGGGUGCCGUGCUAAAUCAGCAGUUUGUCAUUCAGCUCGGAAUCUUCACUGCCUUGCCAAUGAUCCUUGAGAACUCUCUUGAACUGGGGUUUCUACCUGCUGUCUGGGAUUUUUUCACAAUGCAGAUGAACUUUUCAUCUGUCUUCUACACAUUUUCAAUGGGAACAAAAAGCCAUUACUAUGGCCGAACGAUUCUUCAUGGUGGUGCAAAAUAUCGUGCUACUGGCCGUGGCUUUGUCGUGCAGCAUAAGAGUUUUGCUGAAAAUUACAGGCUUUAUGCUAGGAGCCACUUCAUAAAGGCGAUAGAACUUGGAAUAAUACUGACUGUGUAUGCCGUUCACAGUGUGAUUGCCAGGAACACACUUGUUUACAUAGUCAUGAUGCUAUCUAGCUGGUUUCUAGUGGUGUCGUGGAUCAUGGCUCCAUUUGCUUUUAACCCAUCUGGCUUUGAUUGGUUGAAAACAGUGUAUGACUUUGAGGACUUCAUGACCUGGAUCUGGUUUCCAGGUGGUAUAUUUUCGAAAGCUGAGCACAGCUGGGAAGUGUGGUGGUAUGAGGAGCAAGAUCAUCUAAGGACUACUGGCCUCUGGGGAAAGAUUCUGGAAAUAGUGUUAGAUCUCAGGUACUUCUUUUUUCAGUAUGGGGUUGUAUACCAGCUCAAAAUCGCAGAUGGAAGCAGAAGUAUUGCGGUGUAUCUGCUUUCCUGGAUAUGUGUGGCUGUGAUAUUUGGUGUUUUUGUCCUAAUGUCAUAUACUCGGGACCAGUAUGCUGCAAAGCAACAUCUUUACUACCGGGUUGUCCAAUGUGCUAUCAUCAUUCUUGGAGUGCUAGUGCUGAUAUUGUUCAUGGAGUUUACUGAGUUUCAAAUCAUCGACAUCUUCACUGGCCUUUUGGCAUUCAUUCCUACUGGCUGGGGUUUGAUUUCCAUUGCUCAAGUAAUCAGGCCAUUCAUCGAAUCUACUGUGGUCUGGGGCAGUGUUAUUUCUGUGGCACGUUUGUAUGAGAUACUGCUUGGGGUGAUUGUUAUGGCACCAGUUGCAUUGCUGUCCUGGCUGCCAGGAUUUCAAGAAAUGCAGACGAGGGUACUGUUCAAUGAAGGUUUUAGCAGAGGCCUCCAAAUUUCCCGUAUUCUUGCUGGCAAGAAAACAAAUGUGGCUUGAGGUUCUAACCAGGUUGUCGCAGUUAGGCAAUGAUCAUUCAUCUCUGUACAGCUCCAAUCUGGAAAGCUUUCGGUGACAUAGCUUAGAUCCAUAUUGAACUCUUUUGGUGGCGCUACUAGCGAUCUAGUUUAGAUGUUCAGAUUGGCAUAACUCGGGAGAUUUAGGCGUUGGGUUUGGCACCUUUUUAGAGCUAGUUGUGUGUAGAUGAUUCUGCUGCAGCACCAAACAUGAGCACCUUAAUAGAGUUUGUUGACCUGGCUAGAAAUUCCAUCUCUUGUACUAGGAGAAAAGUUGUGUAAUUGGUUGAUGGAAAUUCCUCGUUUUGCUUGAUUAAAAUUGGCGCCUCCA